AUGUCUCUCAUAUUGAAUAUAUUAAGAGAGAUGCUGGAAUACUUUGGUGUUCCCAUAGACCAGAUUUUGCUGAUUUGGAAAGACAAAGAAUAUGGAUCAGCUCGAAGUAUCGUUCGCAUUAUUGGGAAAAUUCUUCCAUUAGAACCUUGUCCGAGGCCUAAUUUUGAGUUGAUCCAGCUCUUGAACUCUGUGGACUCUGACAACCGUGGAUCUGUCGUUCCAUCUUUUGCUGAUAUUUUGCACGUGACAAAUGACGAAGAAGCUGGUCAUCUCAGGUUUCGAAAUAGUACGUGGGAAAGUGAAGAAGAGAAAAUGGAAUUUUUCAAUCCUUUGCAACUAGCUUGGGAUCUGUUGUCACCUGGUCUAAGAUGUAACAAACAGAUAAAAAAUGAUCCACCUGUAAACUAUGCUGCAAUUAAAAAAAUAGCUGCCCUGGAAGAUGAACUCACAUUCCUUCGCUCCCAGAUUGCUGCAAUUGUGCAAAGGCAGGAACUGAGACAUAGCGCAGAUUCAGGCUCAGAUAAUUCCACAACUGAAAUGAAGAAAUUGCACCCAGCUGCUAGUCAAGCCAGUUACAGCCAUCAUGCAAAAGAUCAGAGGGAUCAAGGUGUUCCAAAUAUGUUGGAUGUUCUAAAGGAUAUGAAUCAAGUUAAGCUUCGUGCUAUUGAGCGGUCACCUGGGGGUAGACCCAUUCAUAAGAAGAAAAGACAGAAUCCACAUUGGGACCCAGUGUCUUUAAUAUCUCAUGCGCUAAAGCAGAAAUUUGCAUUCCAAGAUGAUGAUUCCUUUGAGAAAGAAAAUAGAUCUUGGGAUUCUUCUCCGUUUUCUAGUCCAGAAACUUCAAAGGAGUUCUAG